AUGCAGUCCGAUGAAGGUGCCACGUCCAUGGAACUUGAGAAAGUUCUAUCUGAAUCAAAUCGUGUAUCUUUUGCUUCAAAACCAAACUUUGCACCUUUGAAGGCUCACGAGAUAUCCGAUGGUCAAGUUCAGUUCAGGAAAGUCUCUAUACCACCGCAUCGAUAUACGCCUUCAAGAAAAGCGUGGAUGGAAAUUUACACUCCUAUAUACGAGCAGAUGAAAAUCGACAUUCGUAUGAAUCUCAAGGCUCGCAAGAUCAAAGAUGUGAAAACCCUUCGAGGCGAGCACUUGUCUCGUGCCAUUGGAAGAUUAUCUAGUAAAGGGGGUAAAACUAAGUUUGCAAUUAAGAACUCUACGAAGACUCGGAUUGUGAUUGCAGACACCAAAAUUCAUAUACUGGGUUCUUUUGCCAACGUCAAAAUUGCAAGAGAUUCUCUCUGUAGCCUUAUCAUGGGGUCCCCUGCUGGCAAGGUUUAUUUGAAACUUAGAGCAGUUUCUGUCAGAUUGGCAGAGAGAUUUUGA